UCUUUGAGCUUUGAUAACAACAAAAUAAAAUGUGGAAGAGGUUGAGUGUGCUAAUGCUGAUUGGAUUAAUCGAACUCGCUUCGGCUCAACGUCCAUCCUUUGCCGGCGCACGGCCGCCAGGCGGACUCAGCCAGAAGGACAAGUAUAACGGCGCCCAGAAUACGGCCGUGGAGAACAUAUCUGGCGUGGACAUUGCCACACGCUUCGGCUCGGAUGCAGUGCCGCAGCAGGCGCAAACAGUCAGCUUGGCCUACGGCGCCCCGCAGAGGCCGCCAGUGGGCGUGCCCCUCGUGUUUGCCGUGAGCAGCUAUGAGCCCGUGGUGGCAUCGAGUGUGGUGCCGGCCACCGUUGACGUGGCCAACCGCUUUGGUGGUGGUGCUGCUGCUGCCAGUCCCCCAUCUGUGGGCAGCACUCAAGCCCCCGCCAGCGGAGUGAGUCCUCCUCCUUCACCCACUCCAAGUGUCGUCAGACCCGUGGCGAAUGCUCUGCCCAUCGAUGCGCAUGGAGACGAGAACUAUGUGAACUACCUGAGUCAGCUGCCCCAGGAUAAUCAGCCGUUCUGGUUCCUCAACUACCAGGCCAUCGAGGCACUGAGGAACAGCUCGAGGCCGAAUGUGGGUGCACUCGAGACGCGGGGAUCUUUCUUUGCUGGCUAAAGCUCGUUUUCCAGCCACACAAAAAAUUACAAUACGUGUGUGGGUGUGAGUAGAGAGUGUACAUACGCUUACUCAGCAAUAUUAUCUUGAAAACCGGGAGGAAAUACCAACAUCGUGAAUUGUGAUUUUUCAAGCGAUAAGAUUGCGAUUCGACAUAUGAAUAGAGGAAAUAUAAAAUACAAAUUAUAUUACAAAAGCAA